AUGGCAAAAUUGAACUGGGUCUUCGUCUGCACGUUGCUGUUAGCUCUGUUCUCGAUUUUUGCAACUGGAAACGCCUGUAAAAAGAAAAUACCGUGUACUGGUCGCGCGCCUUGUCGACGCGGUCCGUAUAAGGAUGGUAUGGAAACGGAGCUCUUCCAAGAGGUGGUGGUUCUGCUGGUGACUCUGCUGCUGUCCUACUUGGAGUCCUGUUUCGCCUGCACCAGGGUCAGAUAUAACGACUGUACGGAUUCCAAUGCCAAGUGCAGAAAAUAA